AUGAUUCCUGAGUCGUCAAGUUUGAUGAGGGCCAUUCAGAAGGAACUGCCGAGUGACCUGCGCUCAUUGGCCGGUCGGCAAGGGUCUCAGUUCCGAUUUCGUCGCAAGGCGAGUAACGCGACCAACGCAUUUCAGUACACGCAAUUCGAACAUAAACUUCUACGCCCUUACAAACCACGAACCGAAAUUAUCGAGAAGGUCGCUUUUACGGAAGGGGAAGAUUCGCACGAUCGUUUGAGAUGUGCGGAGGAGAGAGAUAGUAUGAGAGCGGUGCUUCCUGGAAAGCCUAGGGCGAAGCUCCAAGCUGUCUGUACGGGCUGCUGGGAGGGCAGACGGUUGAUUGCGUAUAUAACUGGAAAUGCACUCGUUGUGUUAACAGGCCCGAACGAUAUUCUUCAAACGAUAUACGAUGACGACGAAGCCGAGCUCGAGGCCAUAGCGAUCGACGAGGCGUCCGGCAAGAUCGCAACAUGUGUGGGCAAAAGUGUGAGGGUUUACAGACCUUAUGGGCAGGAUGAGGGAGCGCUGAAGUGGGCGCUUCAGCAUAGCUUCACAAUCGAUGAACCUGCCUUGACGUUAUCAUGGGGUGUCGCGGAGGAGUUAUUAAUCGGAGGGUCUUGGUUAAAUUUAUAUUCGACCUUGGAAUCGGAUGAACCAACUAGGAUAUUCCAGCAACGACUUGCGAACCCGUUAAAAUUCGCACAUUUUUCUUACGAUUCCGCAUAUAUCGCCACGACUGGCAAUUAUGACAGACUGGUCAAAAUAUGGCGACGGCUAUCUUUUGGUUCCGACGACACGCGAUUCGAUUUCUGCUACCUUCCUCAUCCUGCGGCCGUUACAAGCAUGCACUGGAGGAGGCCGUACCAUGUGGAUCAGACGAUUGACAAUGUUCUUUAUACCAUCUGCGCGGACAAUGUUUUGAGGAUAUGGGCUGCGACUGACCCUCAUGCUCUACAAUUCCUGCAGCUGUGGGCGGAGAUUGAUCUUAAGGAGUCGAUACAACCUAGAAGUCUCGAGGUAGAAAAACCAAGCGUAAGAUACGCUUUUGUCAUUGAUGGUAGGGAUUUUAUAUUAGCAACCGAACAUGCGGUACAAGCAAGAAAGGCCGAUGGGAAAGACGACCAUGCUUUCUCACAUCUCAUUGAGGUCGCGAAUCGAAGUCCUGAAAUAUGCGUAGUACUCGAUGGUUCUGGAAAUAUGUCUGCGUGGGGGUUAGAAAAUGUGGGUUGUAAAGCACGGCAAACAACGAAUAUCUUCAAUGUUGCCCAUGUGGAUGGAUUGCAACUUGGACUUCCCACAGAUUUAUCCGAGGAUUCGAAAUAUGUGCAAUUUCACAACUAUUGCAAUAAUGACGCAGGGGGUCUUCAUUUGCUGGUUCAUCAUUUUGAUGGGAGAAUAGAAGUAUUCGAAAGCAAUGUUGCAGAUUUAUUUGAUCCUUCUCCUAGAUCAGAUAGAUUCGUCGCCAAAGCUACUUGGACCGGGCAUGCAUCUGUGAUCAGGAAAAUCAUCCGAAAUGUCAGCGGGAGAGCCAUUGUUUCGAGGACUGACGGGAAUGAAGGAAUCGUAUGGAGACAUAUGGAUACUCAAGGUGGAGCGUCUGUUCUACGACAGAGCAUCAUCACUGAGAGUGAUCGCAUCCAUCGGAUAUGUGUCAUGCGAAAAGGCAACUUCGUUAUGUACUUGCACUAUGACAAAGUUGUUCUAUGGGAUACUCGUGCCGCUCAAGCUAUACGGCUGGCUACUUGCAACUACUUCACUGAAGGGAAGCCGCUAUGCAUUUUGAUGCUCCCAGAAGUUGAGAAAGAGGGACCAGUUGCUCAUGUGGCUACCGUCACUUCAAAGAUGAAAGGCGUUGUGUGGGAAGUACGAUUGCCUCAGCCGCCGAGACGUGGAAGCGUUAAGAGUACCUCUGAGUCAAACGGCAUGCAUGAGCCGUCGAUUAGAGAGUUCUGCAAAUUUGAUCUUGGAGUCCAGGAUGAUGUAUCCUAUGUAUUGCCUGUGGAUCCCGCUGGAUCACCUCCAGUGAUUUCCGGCUUUCUGGAUACCUUCGCCCGGGAUAUCGCAAUUUCAUAUACACACUCUGGUGUACUGCGCUCCUGGACUGCUAGGAUUGAUUUUGCUAACGAAAACGUCGACUGGCUGGAAACAUGUUAUGUCGAUACUGGUAUCCGUGAACCUGCACUUGCUAGUGGUAGCUCUAUACGUAAAGCAGCACUUGUAAACUCGACGAGAUCAGAGCUAACAAUUUGGGAUGUCCGAGGAGCACAACUCGAAUUCUCACAAGACUUUGUUGAUGACACUAUUCGUGAUUUAGAUUGGACUUCCACACCAGACGACCAGUCAAUUCUGGCAGUGGGAUUCCAGUUUAGAGUCUUACUUCUAGCACAGAUGCGAUACGAUUAUCUCAAUAAGGGGCCGGCAUGGGCAGCUAUUCGAGAAUUCAAUAUUCGAGAUCUCACACCUCACCCUAUUGGUGAUUCUGCGUGGCUUGGUGGUGGCAACUUGAUAAUUGGAGCAGGAAAUCAACUGUUUGUAUUUGACAAGGCGAUCGAUCCUACAUUAGCUGUGAUAGCGAACUUAGGUCUGGCACAUCGGAAGACACCUUGGGACUUAUUUGAAGUCGUAACCAGAUUCAAUGGGCCACUACCGGUCUACCAUCCACAAUUCCUGGGUCAGUGUACCCUGUCCGGUAAGAGCGCGCUUGUGCAAAAAAUAUUACUUGCCUUGCACAAGACGCUCAAGUACUACGUGGAAAGCGAUACCAUAGAUAAUCAUCUGGGGAUGAAUCUGGAGGAAUUUUAUGAACCCAGUGAUUCGAUUUCAGCUUCAGCUCCUGGUCACAAGGCUGGUAAAACGGCUUUCAGUAAUUUCACUGAUGAAGAGGAAGAAGCAGAGACGGUCACAGAAGAAGUUGCCCUGGCCAUAAACGAGAAACUCACGCAUAUUGCACUACCGCAAUUAUCUCGUCAAGAGCAAAUUCAUCUUGCAGAUAUCGUUGAAUGUGUAUCCAUCGUAGAAAAGCAAAGACGAUCUAUGGAUGACAAUGCUGCUCGAUUCAUGCUGUUUUUCCGUCAGCAUGCGCUUCGGAAAGGGAGAGCAGCCGAAGCUAAUAUCAGUUGGAGAGAAAUAUGUUGGGCUUAUCAUAGUAAUAGCCAGGAUAUUCUAGUCGAUAUGGUGUCCAGGCAGUUUCAUGGGAAAAUGCAAUGGCAACAUGCGAGAGAGAGUGGCAUGUUCAUGUGGAUGACAGACGCAAUAGCUUUGAAAGCGCAAUUCGAAAACAUUGCUCGGAAUGAGUACACGAAGAGCGACAUGAAGAACCCAGUCGAUUGCACUUUGUUCUAUCUUGCGCUCAGAAAGAAAGCUGUUCUACAAGGUCUUUGGAGGAUGGCCGCAUGGAAUCGUGAGCAGUCGGCUACCAUGAAGCUUCUUGCGAACAACUUCCAGGACAAGAAAUGGAAGACUGCUGCACUUAAGAAUGCAUAUGCUCUUUUAGGCCGGCGUCGACAUGAGUAUGCUGCAGCCUUUUUCCUUCUCGGCGACUGCCUAAAGGAUGCCGUAAAUGUUAUUCUAAAUCAAUUGAAAGACCUUCAGUUAGCGAUUGCAGUCACACGAGUCUAUGAAGGGGAGCAUGGACCUGUUCUUCGGGAGCUUCUCCAAGAUAAAGUACUUCCUUUAGCAGCUCAGGAAGGUAACCGAUGGCUUGCUUCGUGGGCAUUCUGGAUGCUUCAUCGACGCGAUAUGGCCGUGAGAGCAUUGGUCUCACCCGUUUACACUCUGCUGGAGACCCCGGCUUCACCUAGCAACCUUCAGUCUAAACUGUUCUUAACAGACGAUCCCGCGCUAGUAAUUCUCUAUUCUCAACUCCGACAGAAAACACUCCAAACCCUUCGAGGAGCAUCCAAGAUCACACCCAAAGUAGAAUGGACCUUUGUUCUUCAUAACGCACGAUUAUACGACCGAAUGGGCUGCGAUUUACUCGCGCUAGAUCUCGUGAGGAAUUGGGAAUUCUUACUCACUCCAAAAGAGCCAGCGUCAAAUGGAUUAUCUGAUCCUGAUCCUAGGAAGUUGUUAAGGCGGAGAAGCAGUCUGGUCGUGGCAGAUCUACCGCAACCUGCUGUGGGUGUGCCUGGCGAGAUGAAGAGUGGACUCGGACUUAAACCGCCACCUAGUGUGUUUGAGGAGCCGGAGUCGAAUAGUUUGUUGGAUAGUUUUGGAUUCUAG